GUAGUACAAAAGUCAAACAAGUAAGAUCUCUUUUGGUUUGUUGUUAAAUUUUCGGUGAACAAAAAUCUGAGAUCCCCAAAAUGUCUUUACAUUCGGUGCCCGCUGCUUCCAAUCGAUCAAGCUUAGUAUUGGAUGCGGAGACCAUAGAGCAGUUACGGAAUAAGUGGCGCGAAUAUAUUAUGAGCCAAUCCAAGUCGCCCAUUGAAUUGCAGCUGGCCAAAGCUCGAGAAGAUCGAGCUCUCGAGUUGGCCAGGAGCAAACGGAAGGCAGCCUUGGAACUAAAGAAAUCCAUUCCGAAAAGCUGUCGCCCCCUCACAGAUCUUUACAACUCGCCGCGUACCACCAGUCGGAUGAAGCAAGUUCUCGAGAAACGAAUGCGUCCCUUCCAAAAUGAAGAGCCCAAGUCGCAAUACAAUCUGUGUCCGAGAUGUGGUCCUGUAAAAAAUUCCAUUAUUAAUCACAAGAACGCCGAACAGCGACUCAAGUUGCUGUUGGAACAACAUCCCAGCUUACGUCCUCCAAAAAUCCAAUGGAAAUCAAAGAGAAAUUUCUGCACGCUUGGAAUUUAAAAACAACAAAAACACAUUACACUGUUGCAUAGUUAUUCUUAAGCUCAUGAAAUCUUUAAAUAUAAUCAAUUAGUAUAUUUA